AAAAGAAAACUCAGAGUUGAAUGUUGAGACUCAAGCAUAAACUUAAAUAUAGAAAACAUAACCUUUUAUUAAAAAUUAAAAUAAAUAUAAUUCAUCUUGUUAUUUAAUCAAUAGUAAAUAAAAAUGAAUCAAGCUGAUAUAACGAAACUUGUUUCUAAAUUACGAAUUAAAGUUCCACCGACACAUCGACGCUUAAGAAAUCCAGAAGGUCCUGAAGGAAGAUUAAAUAGGUUGCGAAAAACUGUAACAGGUUUAAUUAAAUAUGAAAGAAUCGAAUUAAACUAUAAUAGAGCUGAUGAAGCUCGCCAAUAUGCGGAAAGACUUAUAUCGGAAGCAAUAAGCCAUGGAGAUUGUCAUAAACCCACAAUGGAAAUAGCCGAUUAUUGGCUACUUGAAAAGGAACUAGUGCAUAAAUUGUUUAAAGUUUUAGUGCCUAGAUUUGAAAAUUCUAGUUCAGCUUUCACCAGAAUGUACAAAGCUCCAAAACCAGCAUAUGGAAGAGUCAUAGAAAAGACAAUUCUUGAAUUGAAAGGAAAUCCUUACCCGUCACUAACAACUAGACAACCAAAUAAUAAAUUAUUGUUGCAAAAUGUCCUGUUAGAUGCAGCGAAAUAUGAUUAUCGUCAGACAAAGUACGCUGAAAUAUCGGAAAAAAUGUCUACACCAGAAGUAUCCAAAAAGCCUGAUAGCUAAUAAAAAUAAAAAAACAUAAAUGAAAUGUUUGUUAUGUAAUCUAGUAAGUCAGUAAGAUUCAUUUUAAAUAUAGAAUUUGUAGAAUAAAA